UUGGCUGAGGCGUUGGGUUUUUACCAGUUCUGUUUUUUCAGUAGCUGCUUUAGUGUGACUUGAUAGAACUUUAUACAAGUUAAUUCAUUGGAGGGAAUGAACUGAAAUGGUUCAAAGUCUUUUAAAUCCUCAGAAAUGAAGUGUGUUUGGGUGAUGAUGCUGUUCCUCCACUGUGCUUCUUCAGAGAGGUUUGAGGUUGUGGGUCCAGAUGCUCCUGUUGUAGCUACAGCUGGUUCUGACGUCAUUCUGCCGUGUUCUGUUCAACGGGAGAAUGAAAAGACUAAUAUGAAUGCUGUCGAUUUGAACAUUAAGUGGACCAGACCUGACCUGGGAGGCCCUCUAGUGCAUUUUUAUGCUAAUCAUAAAGACAUGAACACCGGGCAGAUUCCUCAUUUCAGAGGGAGAACAGCUCUGUUUAAAGAGGAGCUACAGAACGGCAACACCUCACUGAGACUGACUGAAGUUAAUCUUCAUGAUGAGGGAGAGUACAGAUGUAAUGUUGAGUCCGGAUUGUGGUACAAUGAUUUCACCUUUAAACUUGCAGUUGAAGUUAUUGGAACUCCUCCAGUGAUCAGUGUGAAGAAAUAUGAUAGUAACUCAAAACAGUUCAGUUUACUGUGUGAAUCUAAAGGCUGGUGGCCUGAGCCUGAUCUACAGUGGCUGAACAGUGAAAGAGACAUUCUGACUGUUGGAGUUACAGAGUCACAGAGACACGCUGAGCUGUUCAGUGUGAAUCUCCACAUCGCUUUACAUUACCGUGACAUCGACACGUUCUACUGCAGAGUCACACUGAGAGAACACAUGAUAGAGGAAAAGAUCAAACCUACUGCCAUUUAUGAUCACCUGCCAGUAUCAUCGGCUGCAAUUGCAGGUGGAGUCAUUCCAGUGGUUUUAGUCCUCAUUGUGAUUGCUGUUAUUUACAGUUGUAAAGCAAUAAUAGAAAAAAGAAACCCAGCAGUGGAAGAACUGAAAAGAGUGAUAUGUGCUUUGCUGAAGUCAGAAAAAAAGCAGUGUGAUGACUCAGCAGUGCAGAUGGAGAAGUCAGAAAAGAAGCAGCAUGAUGACUCCGCAAAAUGCAUUCGUUUGCUGAACCUCCUAAGAAAUUACCCACUAAAGGAUUUAAAGAAAAAGCUGCAGGAAAAGGUGGAAUCUCGCUCUGCAGUUAUGCUCACUGGUCUCGGUCUCACAGAGAAAAGCUGUGCAGUUCUUGCAUCAGCUCUCAGCUCAGAGAAGUCCUCAGUGAAAGAACUGGACUUGAGUAAGAAUAAAUCGCUGCAGGAUUCAGGAGUGAAGAAGCUCUGUGAAGCACUGAAGAGUCCAAACUGUAAACUGGAGACACUGAAGCUGACGAGCUGCAGUAUUACAGAUGAAGGUUGUGCUGCUCUGAUUAAGGCUCUGAAAUCAAACCCCUUGUCACAGCUGACAGAGCUGAACCUGAACAACAAUAAACCAGCAGUGAAGGAGCUCUCUGAUCUACUGCAGAAGAAAGACUGUAAACUAGAGAAACUACAGCUGUCUGACUGCAGUAUUACAGAUGCAGGCUGUGCUGCUCUGGUUAAAGCUCUGAUAUCAAACCACUCAUCACAGCUGAAAGAGCUGAACCUGAGCUACAAUAAACCAGGAUAUUCAGCAGUGAAAGAGCUCUCUGAUCUACUGAGGAAAGAAGAGUGUAAACUGGAGAAACUAGAACUAGAAUGGUGCUAUAUUACAGAUGAAGGUUGUGCUGCUCUGAUUAGAGCUCUGAAAUCAAACCCCUCACAGCUGAGAGAGCUGAACCUGAACAUCAAUAAUCCAGGACAGUCAGGAGUGAAGGAGCUUUCUGAUCUACUGAAUGAUCCGCCUUGUAAACUGGAGAAACUACAGCUGGCUGACUGCAGGAUUAAAAAGGAAGACUGUGCUUCUCUGAUUGAAGCCCUGAAAUCAAACCACUCACAGCUGAGAGAGCUGAACCUGAGCUACAAUAAACCAGGAGAGUCAGGAGUGAAGGAGCUCUCUGAACUACUGAAUGAUCCACGCUGUAAACUGGAAAAACUACAGCUGCAAUGGUGUGGGAUUACAUUUAAUGGCUGUGCUGAACUGUUUAAAGCUCUGAAAUCAAACUGCUCAUCACAGCUGAAAGAGCUGAACCUGAACAACAAUUAUCCAGGAGAUUUUGGAAUGAAGGAGCUCUGUAAACUACUGGAGGAUCCACACUGUAAACUGGAGAAACUACAGCUGGCUGACUGCAGGAUUUCAGAUGAACGCUGUGUUGAUCUGUUUGAAGCCCUGAAAUCAAACCGCUCACCACAGCUGACUGAGCUGGACCUGGACAACAAUUAUCCAGGAGAUUCAGGAGUGAAGGUGCUCUCUGAUCUACUGAAGGAGAAAGACUGUAAACUGCAGAAACUACAGCUGGCAUGGGGUGGGAUUACAGAGGAAGGCUGUGUUGCUCUGUUUAAAGCUCUAAAAUCAAACCCCUCAUCUCCCCUGAGAGAGCUGAAUCUCAGCCGCAAUAAACCAGGAGAGUCAGGAGUGAAGGAGCUCUCUGGACUACUGAAGGAUCCACACUGUAAACUGGAGAAACUACAGCUGGCUGACUGCAGAAUUACAAAGGAUGACUGUGUUGCUCUGGCUAAUGCUCUGAAAUCAAACCCCUCAUCACAGCUGAGAGAACUGAACCUGAACUACAAUGAACCAGGAGAUUCAGGAGUGAAGGAGCUCUGUGAUCUACUGAAGGAUCCACAGUGUAAACUGGUGAAACUACAAAUCUCAACAGGGAGAUGCCCAGUCUGAAGAGAUUCUCACCCUCACAGAUCUGAGGACACACUGUGUAUAUGAGGGUCAUCUAUGUGUGUAUUUGUGACUUUUUUAAUUCUCUUUAUUUGUUAAAUGUGCGAACAGAUGCAGAUGCAGGACUGCUUGCGCUCCCUGUGACAUCACUUCCUGCACAUUCAGCAAACUGUCAAUGAAACCCCCUCAUCUUAGAGCACAACUCACAUUGAUAGAGGGAGAGAGAGAGAGAGAGAGAGAGAGAGAGAGAGACAGACAGAGACACACACAGAGAAAGAGAGAGAGAGAGAGAGGAACAGUGGAAAUUACUUUUAUAAACAUCUCCAAAACCUCUCCAUAUAGAAAUCAGUGAUACACACUCUGCUGUAUGUAUUUCUGCUGCAGUCUGUAAAUAUCACAACACAAAGAUGAUGCACAAUACGAUUCACAGUACUUUGAUGCAGACGCAAAGCUCUAAUUCCAGUUGAACAGGACUCUGUUUACUCAUAAAAGCAGAUUUUUUUUUUAUUACAAUAACAUUAUUUAUCCGGAUAAUGAUAGAAUACUUUUAAUAUUGUCAACCUGUACUUUAAAUAUGAGAUGCUUAGUGUAUCCUCUACAUUCUGUUUGUAUGUUUGUCCUCAGUGUAGAAGUUCUGAGUUUUUAGCACCAAAUCUGUCAAAUUCUGAUGCUGAAUGAAAGUGAUUCUGAUGGUGAACAGCAGUGCAGUAUGAAUGUGCUUUAGAUUCAGCUGAGUGUCAGUCUGUAACCCAGAGCUCCAGGAUCAGGCUUCAUUACACACUUCACCACUAGAGGGAGAUAAACAGUAAGACAUUAUAAAAUCUUACUGUAAUGAGAGAACUGCCUCAGCUUUCGUGUUUUUAUCCUUGUGUAAAAUAAAUGUAAAUACAAUGAAAAGAAGUGUAUUUAAAUUUGUAUAGACUCUUGUUGUGUUGUUUUAUAUUUACUAACACUACAUUUAUAUUCUGUUACAUAGAAUGUCUGAAGCCAAUAAAAUGGAUGUUAAAAUGA